AUCAUAAUGAGGGAAGGUUUUCGUGGUGCUCUUCGAGGCAUGCACAGAGUAGAACAAGUCUGUCCAGAAUUCGAUCAAGACUCUGCCGACCUUCGAGUUCGCUUCCACAUGGCAUCGCUAAUGUUACACGAGCUUGCACAUGCUUUCGUUUGCGCCUUCGCGUCGAAGAAAGUAGUACAUGAGCCAUUCAUGAACGAUGGUCGAGCUGCCGAGGUAGGUCGUGCGCUGGAACAACAUCUGUUCGGUGGCAUCGCUAGCAACACAGGAUGGAAUCCUCACCAUUAUGGACUACCAUUCGGUCUUCACUUUUAUGACUGGCCGAACAACGAAAUAGGUGGUGACCCGAGAAAGGUCAGGACGAGCCUUGCGAAAGCUGGUGUUCACACUCAUACCUAUUACGUUCUACCCAUGGAUCAUCUUGUCAAGAUCAGCAAACCAACCUUCUGGAAGGAGGAGGCCGAGAGAUUUGGAAUCACGCAAUCAAUCAAGUUGCCCAGACUUUUGGGUGUCCGACACGAAUUCAAGCAUGAGCUCUGGUCUUGCGAAAGUCCGUCAGAUAUGGAUUAUCAAGCAAUGCCGCCUCCAGGAGACUUGCAACCUGACGUUUAUGAGGGAAUCAUCUCAACGAAUGGUGUGGCUCCUCUACCCGACGCCGCACAUGAGUUAAAGGCAGUGACUAACGAAGUGGCUGCGAAACAAAAGCGUUGACAGUCUUUGGAGGGAAGAGAUUCAAUACUAGCGUGGAAAGAUUGUAUGUAGAAUGUUAUGAAAGGGAAGAGACAAAAGGAGCAGGAGCGUACCGUGUGGUGAUCAACUCGACCGAACCCGACCCCGCAGCACCGCCACAGCAAGGGAGCCGCAUAUCUAUCAGCCACGAGGCAUCAUCUUGCUAGUUGCCUCCACGUCUCCAACUUUGAAACACCAACUUCCCAGCAACUCUGUCCAAUAUCACAAGUCCAGCAAUCAAGAUGAAGUUCGUCACUUUCACCAGCGCAUUGGCUCUCUUCGCCACCGCAGCUUCCGCUCUCGACAAGCCUCUCAACAUUCAAGUCGACACAGCCGUUGAAUGUACCCGCAAGACCCAAGCCGG